AUAUAGAAAUAAGAAGCAGUUAGUGGUUGCGAAGAAAGGAGACAAGCGACCAAAUCUUUGAAGAAGUAUUAGUAAAGAGAAGGUAAAAAACAAGAAGGGAGACCGUUGUUAGAUACAGAAGUUGAUCAAACAUGGGAAGAUCUCCUAGCUCAGAUGAAACUGGUCUGAAGAAAGGUCCAUGGUUACCUGAAGAAGAUGAUAAACUCAUCAAUUAUAUUCACAAACAUGGCCAUAGCAGCUGGAGUGCCCUUCCCAAGCUCGCUGGUCUUAACAGGUGUGGGAAGAGUUGUAGGCUACGAUGGACAAACUAUUUGAGACCAGACAUUAAGCGAGGAAAAUUCUCGGCUGAAGAGGAAGAGACCAUCCUGAACCUUCACGCGGUUCUUGGCAACAAGUGGUCAAUGAUUGCAAGCCAUUUACCUGGAAGAACAGACAAUGAAAUCAAGAAUUUCUGGAACACUCAUCUGAAGAAAAAACUGAUCCAGAUGGGUUUUGACCCCAUGACCCAUCGGCCAAGAACUGAUGAUAUCUUCUCAAGCUUAUCUCAGCUCAUGUCUCUGUCUAACCUGAGAGGACUUGUUGAUCUGCAGCAACAGGUUCCAAUUGAAGAACAAGCUUUACUGAAUCUCCAAGCUGAGAUGGCUAGGCUCCAGCUGUUCCAAUACCUUCUUCAACCUCCUCCUCCUAUGACUAGUAGCAGCAUUAACCCUAAUGACCUAAACAUUCUCAAUCUCCUCAUCAAAGAAAACUCCAAUACCAGCAAUCUCGACCUUGGUUUCCUCACUUCUCAUCUUCAAGACUUCAACAACAACCUCCCAUCCCUCAAAAACAUAGACAAUAAUCACUUCAGUCAAAAAAGUUCUCCAAUAUGGUUCCAUGAACCACCGAGCUUGAACCAAACUAUGUUGCCUUCUCAUGAUCCUUGUGCUCAGAGUGUAGAUGGUUUCGGUGGCAACCAGGCCUCCUCAAGCCAUGACCAAGAAAUAGCAAUUACAGAUGUUGUAGAAUGGCCUGAUCAGCAUCUAUUUGAUGACUCCAUGUUUCCAGACAUUCCGUAUCAAUCUUAAGUAAGGUAUGCAUGUACUGUAUAUGUUUCAAAAGAACCUUGACUCGAUUUGUUUUGGUACUGUUGUGCAUGUUGGUUCAGUAUCUAUCUCUACGUCAAUUCAUAUAAUGUAAAAUGUGUGAUAUAGUGUCUUAGAAUGUACAUGUUGUUUGUGUUAUAUAUGUUUGAGUAUUUAUCGUCUCUCACUCAUUAUCUUUUUAGUGUAAAAACAUAAAUGUUGCGAGCUUUUAACA